AAAACGCUCUGAAAUUUUGCGGGGAUAGAACAAUGACAAGGCAAGUGCUACUCUUUAUUUGUUUCCUCUCCGUCCCCUCCAUAUUCGGGCAGGUCAGCUACUCCAUCCCCGAGGAAAUGCCCAAAGGAUCUCUCGUUGGAAACAUCGCUCAUGAUUUAGGUUUGCAGACCAAACGUCUUUUGUCAGGAAAAGCUCGCAUUUAUAGCCGAGAUGGCGACGAUUACAUGGAACUGAAUAGAGAGAGAGGAGUCCUCCUGCUGAAAGAAAGGAUCGACAGAGAGGCCUUGUGCAGACAGUCGACGCUGUGCGCUAUACAUUUCCAAAUUAUUCUAGAGAACCCCAUGCAAUUUUACAGCAUUGCGGUUCAAAUUACAGACAUCAAUGAUAACGCACCAACGUUCGACAGGGGCGAAAUGAAAUUUAAAAUAAGCGAGUCUGCGACGACCGGAGCAAAAUUUGUACUAGAAAGGGCCGUGGACUUUGACGUUGGCAUUAACGGCAUUAAUAAAUACGAAUUAAAACCGUCAGAUCAUUUUGCUCUUAAAUUACAAAAUAACGCGGAUGGAAAUAAAAACGUGGAGAUGGUUUUACAGAAGCCUUUGGACAGGGAGAGGGAGGAGCAGAUGUCUCUGGUGUUAACGGCUGUAGAUGGAGGAGAACCGCGCAUGUCAGGAACCAUGUUGAUUCUUAUUACCGUGUUAGACGCUAAUGAUAAUGCCCCCGUUUUUACACAGCACACAUACAAAGCUACUGUUACUGAAAAUUCACCUGUUGGAACACUUGUGGCUGCUGUCACUGCCUCUGAUGCAGACCAAGGCUCCAAUGCAAAAAUAUCAUAUUCUAUAACGAAUGCGCUAGAUGACAUCAGGAAAAUGUUUGAGGUUGACAAGGAAACUGGAGAAGUAAAGUUGAUUGGAAAUAUUGAUUAUGAGCAGUCCCGAAACUAUCAAAUUAAUAUACUAACAAGUGAUGAAGGAGGCCUCACUGAUUCAUGUAAAAUAAUUGUUGAAGUGCAAGACAUCAAUGACAAUAAGCCCGAAAUCAGCAUAAUGUCAAAGUCAAAUAUUAUUUCAGAAGCUGCAGAACUCAAUACCGUUGUUACGAUGAUAAACAUAGAAGACAAAGACUUUGGAGAAAAUGGAAAUGUUAUUUGCUUUAUAAAUGAAAACAUACCAUUUGUUUUAAAAACUUCAACAAAUAACUUUUACAGUUUAGUGACAGACAGUGAAUUAGACAGAGAGAGGUCAAGUGAGUAUAAUAUCACAGUGACAUGCUCUGAUGAGGGAGUACCCUCCCUCUCCAGCAGUGUCACUCUCACCUUACACAUCUCAGAUGUGAAUGACAACGCACCUGUCUUUGAGAGGAGCUCCUAUGAGGCCUCCAUUGUAGAAAACAACACACCAGGUCUUUCUAUAUUCACAGUGAAAGCCAGAGACGCUGACUGGAACCAGAAUGCUCGUGUUUCUUACAUCCUGGAAGACUCCUCUGUUAACGGAGUGCCAGUCUCCUCAUAUGUGUCCGUUAGUGCUGAUAGUGGAGUCAUUCAUGCGGUGCGCUCUUUUGACUACGAGCACCUUAAAGAAUUCCACUUCCGCAUCAGAGCUCAGGAUGGAGGCUCCCCUCCUCUCAGCAGCAACGUGAGCAUUCACAUCCUGAUCCAGGACCAGAAUGACAACGGCCCACAGGUACUGUACCCGGUCCAGACAGGUGGCUCGGUGCUGGCUGAAAUGGUGCCUCGUUCAGCAGAUGUGGGCUACCUGGUGACUAAAGUGGUGGCUGUUGAUGUGGACUCUGGACAGAACGCCUGGCUCUCCUAUAAAGUGCACAAAGCCACAGACAGGGCGCUGUUUGAAGUGGGCCUACACAAUGGAGAAAUAAGAACUGUCCGCCAAGUCACUGAUAAAGAUGCUGUCAAGCAAAGACUGACUGUUCUAGUGGAGGACAACGGGCAGCCCUCUCGUUCAGCUACAGUCAUUGUUAACGUGGCAGUGGCAGACAGCUUCCCUGAAGUGCUGUCAGAGUUCACUGACUUUAGCAUGCAUGACAAGGAGUACAAUGACAAGCUGACUUUUUACUUAGUCUUGGCUUUGGCUGUGGUCUCCUUCCUCUUCAUCACCUGCUUGCUGCUUAUCAUAUCAGUCAAAGUGUACAGGUGGAGACAGUCUCGCAUCCUGUACCACUCCAACCUCCCAGUCAUUCCAUAUUAUCCACCACGUUACUCAGACACUUUGGGGACAGGGACUCUCCCACAUGUGUACAAUUACGAGGUGUGCAGGACCACUGAUUCCAGAAAAAGUGACUUUACGUUGGACAGAGCUGCAAGUCAUAAUGUGCUGGUGAUGGACCCCAGUUCUACACUUACCAUGCAGAAGAUAAACAGUGAAAAGAGCAUCCUUGAUGAACCUGACUCUCCUAUAGAGGUUAGUUUAACAUAA